AUGCUAUUCUCCUCUGCUACCGUUGCUCUCGCGGCUGCUGGCUUUGCCUCUGCUGCCCCUGCGAUUCAGAAGCGUGCUUAUGAGAUCAACGACGGAGUCAUCCUGAACUAUGCCCUCACACUCGAGCAUCUUGAGGAUACCUUUUACCGUGAAGGCCUUUCCAUGUUCAGCGAGAAGGACUUUGCCGACGCUGGUUACGACUCGACCUUUUACAACAACAUCAAGAAGGUCUCUAGCGAUGAGACAUCGCAUGUUGACUUUCUCACCAAGGGCCUCAAGGCCGCCGGUGUCACCCCCGUUGCAGCCUGCACAUACAACUUUGGCGUCACUGACGUCAAGAGCUUCCUGGGUACAGCCUCCAUCCUCGAGGGUGUCGGUGUCUCCGCUUACCUGGGCGCUGCCGCCGACAUUAUGAGCAAGACUUACCUUACAGCUGCCGGUUCCAUCCUGACUAUUGAGGCAAGGCAUUCGUCAUACAUCCGCGGCCACCUCAAGGAAGUGCCCUUCCCCCAGGCCUUUGACGCCCCCCUGACCAUCAACGAGGUCUACUCCCUUGCUUCAGGCUUCAUCACAAGCUGCCCCAAGGAGAACCCUGCCCUUCCCGUCAAGGCUUUCCCCAAGCUGGCUCUGGACCCCUCCACCAAGAUGCCUGUCAAGACUGGUGACAUGGUUACUCUUCAGACCCCUGGGUACACCCUCAAGGGUGCCGACGGCCAGAAGUUCUACGCUGCUUUCAUUGCCGUGACUGGACCUACCUUUGUCGAAGCCAAGGCUGUCGACGGCGGCUUCUCGAUUGAGAUUCCUGAGGGCUUUGCCGGCCAGACCUACGCCGUUCUCACUGGAUGCAAGGAUGCUGUGUCUGAUGACACCGUCGCCGCUGGUCCUGCUAUCAUCGAGAUUUCCAGCUAA